AUGGGUGACUUUAAACGUUUUCGGAGAUCCGCGUCAAAUACACCUGGGCAGGGUGGUAUCACAGCUCUGCAGAUUUCCGAAAGGUGUGCAUGUGCUGCAACGUUCCUUGCAAAACAGAAACACUCUGGACUGCUACCAUUCUGCAACGCUCUAUUGCUGACUUCUACAAAAUCGGAAGAAGGCCACGAGUGUGAAGAGGAAAUUUUUGAAGGAGCUGCUGGGGCCUUGGAACAACUCGUUAGCACUCUCUUAGAUGACGAGCUUUUCAAGGAGGCGGCGUUAGCCCUUCGUACACAUGACGCAAUUGUAACAGGGAUUUGCGAGACUCUUCCAACUGUAGAAAAGACAUCCUCGUUCCUUGACAAACGCGUGCAAUGGGCCGUUGACAUGUUUUGCGAGAGGAAGAUCUCCGAUAUUGGAAUGGUUAAAACCUUGGUACACGCGUGUCUUUUAUACACAGAGAACAAUAAUGACUUGCGACGAGCUGGGCAUUUGUCUUUGCGUUUGCUAGAAGUCAUUGGUGAUUGUGAUGAAAAUGCUCUUUCGCCGAAAGUUGGCUCUGAUAACAAUGAGAAGCUUUGCUCAGCACUUUCCGUAACCCAAGAGACGUCUCUUGCUGUGGUGGAUGCCACACUUGACGCAGUUGACCGUGCUAUUUGCGAUGUUGAGUGGUGUCUGGGCCGGAUGACAUCAUUAGAGGCUGCCGUUGGGACUUCAUCAAUUCACGCUGAUAGCACUCAUUCCAAAGGGGAUCAAGUCGAGAAUUUCACAUUUAUGCAGAAAGAAAAUAUUUCGAAGCAAGCAAUAAGAGCAGAAGAUGCUGCGCAGGUUCGCUUAGAGGGUAUUGUUCGAACUUUGCGAGGACUCGCGAGAUGUGCGAUAGCAAAAUGGAGCCAUCAGGAGCGCCUUUUGAAAACAAUAACUAGGGCAUACAAAUUGAUUUCCACUGCAACUCAAGCUCAGGCAAAACGACGUGGAGAUCCACGGACCACUUUUAUCUCAUUGAUCAACGAAUGCAAGGGGCUGGCACCGACACUUUGGACAUAUCUGGCUUUUGCUGGAGCAGAGGCCGUGGAUAUAGAGUCCACAAAGGGGGCUUCGAGGGCAGCGAGAGAGGCCAGGAUCAUGCCCCAGCUUGUUUACGAGGUCGAAAAAUUCGAGAAAGUCCUCAUAGCAGUUCAAAAACGAACCAAAAUUAAUCUUCUGCGUGGAAUGCGGCGAAACAUUGCGAGGGAUUUCAGAAUAAGAGAAGAUCUCCUGCGUGAAGAGCAAUCAUCCGAUGAAAGGAUGGGCGAGGAAGAAGUAAAACAGCUCGAAAAUCCUCGCAUGAAUCAAGGAAAUGCCAAAAGAAGGCGAACUUAA